UCUUCCGCGAUAUUUUGGUCUUCAAAAGCGUCUGACGUCAUUCAAUGUUGGCGGUUUUGUGUUCAACGAAAGCCGUGUCGAUCUUUAACGUUUGAUUACGUCAGCAAAAAGUGUAACCUUAGUACGAACACGUUAACAGAUGGAAUCAGGCAGACAGGGAGACGUCUCUUGUACUCAGAGUUGGACUGGUUCUCAUCUGAGUUGGAACCGGACUGUUACGGACGCCCCUGUGGUGACAACCAGGUGUGUGUUCCGGGACUCCUUGCGGACGGGAACAUGAAUGGCUGCUCGUAUGCGUGCCUAAACGUAUCAGGACCUGUCUGUCCGCUUCCGGAAUGGCUUAAUGGUCCUCGGACACCCGGCUCGAUUAACACUCUCAGUUGCAAUGCAUGGCAAACGGGAGGAGGAACAGCGACAUGCGGCAAUGAUCUGAAGUGGAGCGCCGUGGUUAAAAAGUGCAGAUCCAUUUUAAAUCUCAAGUGUCAGAACGAUACGGUGUGUGCACCAAUCAACGCCCAGUGCCGUAGCGGGAGAUGUGAGUGCGGACCUGGCAUGUCAUAUAACUUCAUUGACAACAUGUGCGUUUCAGCUUCCAGCCCUGUUGAUUUCUGCAAGGAAAAGAAUGACGGAUUGUACAAGGAUCCCAAAGACUGUGCCUACUAUUACCAAUGCUCGUCCAAGCACGGCCACCGCAUGCCCUGCCCAAGUGAAACCUACUUCAAUGAGACUCUUCAAAUCUGUGAUUCGGCUGCCAACGUCCUAAAUUGUCCUUAAAACUCAUGCCUGAUGGUUGAGGACUUCGUGAAAUGAUUAUGAUGGUCAUUCUAUUUAUUUAGUUGUAUGUUUAAUCUUAGAGUGUAUUGUCCAGUUUCUAACAAUAUUCAGAUCUUUAAACACUUGGGGUUCGUUUCAAUAAUGUUUUCGAUCUUAUUUGAAAAUAAUAAGAACUUCAUUGCCAUAUUUCUUCUUUUCCUACAUUAUUAUGUUUAGUAUUAAAAAUGAACAUGAAUACAAAAACAAUUACAUUUUCGCAAGUUGUGAUUAUACACAUUGGAGUUUGUUAAUAUUACUACCAAGAUCCUGCAAUGAAACCGUCACAUAGAAUUUACAAGAAACAUUUAAGCACUG